AUGGCCAGAUACUACUCGGCGCUGAGGCACUACAUCAACCUCAUCACCAGGCAGAGGAAGGGAGAAUAUGGAAAGAGAUCAAGCCCAGAGACACUGAUCUCAGACCUCUUGUUGAGGGAAAGCACAGAAAAUAUUCCUAGAUCCAGGUUUGAAGACCCUUCGAUGUGGUGA